GACUCCUUCAGGUUCAUGGCCUCGAUGGCGGCCGACUCGGCGCUCGAAAGCCUCAGUAGUGCUCAGGACCGGGCAAAAGCGGCGGCGGCGGAGAUGGCGGCAGCGGGCGCGAGCGUGGGCAGCGACGGAUUCACGACGAUGGCGAGCGGGCUCACGAGCGGGGUGGACCGCGUGCGUGCGGCGGGCGACUCGAUGGCGAGCAUCGACCUCUCCAAGCUCGAGGCCGGCUCGAUCGUCUCCGCUUGCUCCUCCCUCACACAGGCAGCUAAGGAGUCGGUGCGCUCCACUGUCGAGGCGGGCUCGUCCUCGCUGCAGGCGGCUAGCCUCACGGCGACGAGCGCGAAGCUCUCCGACCCGAAGGCAUCCGACGACGGCUCCGAGUCGGGCGGCGAGGAGCUCCGGCAGACGGGCUUCCUCGCGCGGCUCGGUCUGCAUCAGGCCGGCCGCGCGUCCGAGCAGGAGAGGCUCGUGCCGUCGUCGCAGGCAGAGGCGAUGGGCGGCAACAGCUGGGACAAGGUGCGAGGCCUGCAAGACAGCUUGCACGGCAUGGGCUCGAGCCUUGGCUCCGGCCUCACUGCCCUCGACCCGAGCGGGUACCUCGGAGGCAACAAGCCGCGCGAACCCGAGACAGCGUUCGAGAGGCUCAAGGCGUGUAGCUGCUGCCCCGGCCUCAGCUAUCGGCAGCGGCUGCUCGGCUCAAUCCUUUGCUUCGCGUUCGGCACCCUCAUCUCCCUCUCCGCCCUCAAUUCGCUCGGCUCCCUCCUACUCGGCAA